AUGUCCGCUCAAGACCUCGCAGAUUUCUCCGACGAGGAACAGCUUGAAAUACAGCAAGAAUUGCAAGCCGCCUUCGAUGAGAUCGAGGAGCAGUACGCUGUCAGCACCCAGAAGGGCUUUGAGACCGUUCUCGUCGUCGACGGCAUCCCCGUUGUAGACGACUCGAAAAGAGAACGUCUCAUGGAUCGACUAAUCAGUACUUUCAAGAAAGCAGGCGCUGAGAUUGGUGCCGACAAUGUGAAUAUGCCGUGGGAUAAGGUUGCCGGCACUAAUAAAGGGUUCUUGUUUCUCACCUAUCCCGAUGCACACGAAGCCGCUAUUGCCUUCAGCGCUCUCGACGGAUUGUCCUUCGGAAAGCACAUCCUUAGCGUCAAUCAUUUCAGUGACAUCGAGAAAUUCGCCCACUUGCCGGUCGGGGAAGGAGAGCUUCCUACUGGAUGGAGGGAAAGAGAAUACAUCGAAAAGGAGCAUCUUCGAAGCUGGCUCGGUGAUGGCCAGGGUCGUGAUCAGUACCUCACUUUCCAGAACAAUGAUGUGAGCGUCCUGUGGAAUGGCAGGAAUGGCAUCGCAGAGAGCGUCAAAGGACAGGAUGGCAGACCUGUGAAGAACAGCAAAUGGGGAGAACUCUAUCUACAGUGGUCGCCGCUCGGCACCCAUCUGGCAUCUCUCCACCGUGUCGGUGUCGCCUUGUGGUCGGGUCCUAAAUUGGAUGGUAUCAUCGGCGUCAAUGUCUUGCGCUUUACCCAUCCUAAUGUUCGCCUGAUCCAAUUCUCUCCUUGCGAAAACUAUCUUGUCACGUGGUCUGAAGACCCCCUACCCAAUUACGAAAACCAUACCAAUGCUGCCCUUCGAGAGACGUUUGGCCCGGACGACGAAGGCCACCAGUAUGUCAUUUGGGACAUCAAAACUUGUCGAGUGCUGCGAACAUUCCCCGGCGACAAGUCCGAUGAUGGCUCUUCUCGAGUGACCUGGCCUGCCUUCAAAUGGUCCCCUGACGAUGCUUAUGUUGCUAAAUGCAACACGAACACUGGCAUAUCUGUUUAUGAACUGCCGGGCAUGGGUCUCUUGGACAAGAAGAGUGUUAAGAUCGAUGGCGUCCAAGACUUCGAAUGGUGCCCCAUGAGCACCAAGGAUCUUCAGGCAAAGAAGGAAGGGAAAGGGAAAGACUGCGUUUUGGCCUAUUGGACUCCCGAAGCCCAGAAUCAACCCGCGCGGGUCAACCUCAUGGCGCUCCCCAGCCGGGCCAUAUUGAGAUCGAAAAAUCUUUUCAAUGUUUCCGACUGCAAGCUUUAUUGGCAGGGACAAGGCGAUUAUCUUUGUGUCAAAGUUGAUCGACAUGCUCGUAAAGCGAAGUCCAAGAAGGCGACAUUCUGCAACUUGGAAAUAUUCCGCAUGCGUGAAAAGGAUUACCCCGUAGAAGUGCUCGAGUUCAAAGAAUAUGUCCCCCAAUUUGCAUGGGAACCAGCCGGUCAUCGAUUUGCCAUCGUUUUAAACCCCGAUAUCAACAAUCAGACAGCUCCAGCCAAGUACAGCAUUGACUUCUAUCAACUCGACCAGAAGAAAGGCGACUUUGUGCUCAUUAAACAUCUUGACAACAAGAUAGCCAACACUUUGGUCUGGUCUCCCAAGGGUCGUCAUAUUGCGUUGGCCACUAUAGGCUCCCCGAGCAAAUUCGACAUCGAGUUCUGGGAUCUUGAUUUUAGCAUCGAUGAGCGGCGUGAAGCAAUUGAGCCAGGGGCGAAUGUGACCAUGCUCGGCACAGGCGAUCAUUUCGGUGUCACUGAUAUCGCUUGGGAUCCCAGCGGUAGAUACAUCUCCACGUCCGCUUCGACUUGGAGGCAAUCUCCUGAGCCCGGUUUCUGUAUUUGGGAUUUCAAGGGUCAGCAGCUUGUGCACGAGACUCGUGACCAAUUCAAGCAAUUCCUCUGGCGACCUCGCCCUUCCUCACUCUUGCAGAAGGAACAGAUCAAGAAGGUUCGCAAAGAGCUCAGAGAGUAUUCACGACAAUUCGACGAAGAGGACGCUGCCGAGGAGAAUCGAGGGAGUGCUGAGAAACUGGCUCAACGCAGAAGAGACGUUGCUGAGUGGGAUGCUUGGCGUCUCAUUAACAACGAGACUCUCGAGAAUGAACGUCAAGAGAGGGGCCGCGUCAGGUCUAAGGUGAACGUGGACCAUGACAAGGAGGCAAAGGUUGAAGAAUGGGUGGAGGAGUUGAUUGAUGAGACGGAGGAGGUCAUCUGA